GAGGACAGCAAUGGAAGUUAAAUUGUGCUGCAUAUAAAAUGGGCGGGCUUGUCAUUAUAUUACGUUGGCACAGUCUAUUCUAAAAUGAAAUAAUCCGCCUUUAGACACGGGGAUGUUCUGUUUGGCUUCAUUUAGGUAAGCGCAAUCACUGCAUUGUAACAUUCAGCGUACAUUAGACUAGAUUUGCUAGUUUAGUGAAACAUUUCUGUUGCCGACAGACUGAGAGUUGAACUCACUAUACAACCACCAAUGAACAGUGAGAGAGACCUGCGCAUAUCGUCAGCAGCCGCUUCUCCAGCCUCAAGCUAAAAUUCGUCAGAUCUGAGAUCACUGAGGAAAUUUUUCACAAUCCAUCCGGCUAGGAAAAAAUAUAUAUACAAAAAGUUUUUAGGAUAUAGUCAGAGGACAUCAAAUACACCCCGGUGCAUCUGAUCAGUGAAAGGUCCUCAUAUUUCAACUAUGUGUGGACGGAGCAAGGCGGCCUCUCUGCGUCUUUGGGCUUGCUUACUUGUCACAAGCAGCGUACUAGGGGGAAAAAGCUCUGGGCAGAAUGGCAUGACAGAUGAGCAGAAAGAUAAUACCACAGUGUUCACCAAGAUCUUAGACAGCCUUCUAGAUGGCUACGACAAUCGCCUCAGGCCAGGACUCGGAGAGCGUGUAACUGAAGUCAAGACUGACAUUUUCGUGACUAGUAUUGGACCAGUUUCGGACCAUGACAUGGAGUACACCAUUGAUGUCUUUUUCAGACAGAGCUGGAAAGAUGAAAGAUUAAAGUUCAAAGGGCCCAUGGCAGUGUUGCGUCUCAACAACUUGAUGGCCAGCAAGAUCUGGACCCCCGAUACUUUCUUCCACAAUGGCAAGAAGUCAGUGGCCCACAAUAUGACCAUGCCAAACAAGCUUCUGCGAAUUACAGAGGAAGGCACACUGCUUUACACCAUGAGGCUUACAGUAAGAGCAGAAUGCCCUAUGCAUCUGGAAGACUUUCCUAUGGAUGCCCAUGCCUGUCCCCUGAAAUUUGGCAGCUAUGCCUAUACUAGAGCAGAGGUGGUGUACGUGUGGACCAGAGGGGCUGCUCAGUCUGUAGUGGUGGCAGAGGAUGGCUCUAGGCUAAACCAGUACGAUCUGAUGGGGCAGAGUGUGGAUUCUGGUGUGGUCCAGUCAAGCACAGGAGAGUAUGUCGUGAUGACAACCCACUUCCUCCUGAAGAGAAAAAUUGGUUACUUUGUGAUCCAGACAUAUCUACCCUGCAUCAUGACAGUUAUCCUAUCCCAAGUGUCCUUCUGGCUCAACAGAGAAUCUGUCCCUGCCAGAACUGUCUUUGGAGUGACCACUGUCCUCACUAUGACUACUCUCAGUAUCAGCGCCAGAAACUCUCUUCCUAAAGUGGCCUAUGCCACAGCUAUGGACUGGUUCAUUGCCGUAUGCUACGCCUUUGUCUUCUCUGCCCUCAUUGAGUUUGCCACCGUCAACUACUUCACCAAGAGGGGUUACGCUUGGGAUGGAAAAAGUGUGGUCCCUGAGAAGCAAAAGAAAAAGAAGGAGUCUCUCCUGAAGAAGAACAACACAACAGCCUACCCACCUACCACUGCUACACCCUUCGCACCCAAUCCUGCCAGGAACCCUGGAUUGGCCACAAUUGCCAAAAGCGCACCUCCACCUCCAGAUGAGCCCAAGGAGGAGCCCAAACCCAAGCCCCCAGAGGCCAAGAAGACCUUUAACAGUGUGAGCAAGAUAGACAGGAUUGCCAGAAUAGCCUUCCCUCUGCUCUUUGGAACCUUUAACUUGGUCUACUGGGCAACCUACUUGAAUAAGAAGCCCAAAUUGCAGGGGGUCAAUCACACCUAAUCCAUCUUUAUUUGUUCUUUUAAUUCCUUUUUUUUUUCUUAUUCCUUUUACAAAAAGUGGUUAUUUUGAGAUAAACGUUGUGUCCACUCUGGUUUAAAUAAUCAGUUGUUGCAUUGCUUCUAUGUUUACCUAAAUUUUGAAGAUUUCGAAAGAAACACAAUAUAGAAAAAAAGAUUAAUUUAGACUUUUAAAAGGGUAUUGUUCAGGUCUAAGAGGAUGCUACUACAAAUGCUUCUAAAAAUAUCUAGCCAAGAGAAUGCUAUUCUACAACUUCAUAGCCCAGGUUUCUUCCGGGCCAGUUUUUCUGUUUGUUUUCUUGUUUGAGUGUCUCCCUUUUUAGGUUUCUUUGUUUUCUUUAACCUAUUUUAAAACCAUGGAAUUACUGACAGUAAAAAAGGCACCUGUGAAAAUGCAUGGGCAGGACAUUUUAUGAUUCAUAUUUAUUUAUUCAAAAUUCAGACCUGUGUUGACUGAUGGCUUGGGUUAUUUGAUGUCACCAGUUCUUCGCUCAUUCUUUUUUCAAAACAAAAUAUCGUCCAUGCUAGGUAGAAUGUUUAUUAGAUUGUGUCAUUCUUGAAAAACAAAAUGUAUAUUUUAUUGUUUCUGCAAUAGCAAUAAAACAUGUCUCAGUGGACACAGUUUAUUUAGAGGACAAAACAUACAAAGUUUAAAUCAUCUCUGUGCUCAGAAAUGCAAAUAUAUGGAUUUCCUUUCACUGCAUUGUAAAUAUUAUCAAGUGUUAGAGAUGUCUUUAUUAUGAUUAAACUUUGCAAAGUGUACCUAAAGGGUUUUAACUGAAUCAACGUAAAUGUGAACAUUUUUCCAUUUUGGUUCUCUUUAUAAUUCUUUUUACAAAUAUAGCAUAAACUGAGAUCAUUCAUGUUGAGUGAAGGUUUCUCACCUAGUCAACAUUCCAUGCUAAAUCUGUUUCAAACUGAAUUUGAUUAUUAUUAUUAGGCUGGGUGUUUGUGACAACACCCAAAGCAUCAACAAAAACAAUACAAUUAUUUCUAAUGAUGGCUAGGAACAAGCAAGAAUGUAGAACCAUCAAAAAUUAUCCGAAAUAAACAUGGCAUUUUCUUGCUGUUGUUUGGUAUAUUUAAUAUUUGUAAUUACUUUUUGCUUUAGUUUUGAGCAUUUAAGCUGGGGCCUCCUUUGCUGAAACAGCAUUUGUAGAAAUGUGUAGUUAGCAUCAGUUAAAAAAGUGGUGGGGCACAUUGAGAUGGGGGAGAAGUGCCUUUAUCAUUUUCAGAAUUGAAGCUGCAAUGGAUUUGUAGAUUGAUGGCACAUUGUUAUUUUUCAUCCCACUGAAUCCCAACGCUGACCACAUUUAUUACAGUUUCCAGAUUCGUUGGAAAGAAAAUUGAGACAUAAUACUCAGAAAGUACCAGCUACACUGCCUUUCAGUAUCACAUGCCCCGUUUGGAGUCAUUUUGUUUCUGCUUGUUUGGUGAGAAAAAGCGAGAGUCAGGGACAGAGAACGAAAGAGACAAAAGAGAGAAAAAGACAAUGAGUUGAAGUGGCACUGUAAUCUUAGGUUACCCGGCGCUGUGUUCCGCACAGAGGACUUGUCUUGUAGUUCUACGUUAGUGAUGAAGAUGAAUAUAUUUUUGUAGCAUGAUGUCAAUCCCUCUUCCAACCAACAUAAACUAAAGUGAAAAGAAUGUUUUUGUUUGGGUUUUGAACAUUGCUUGCUUCCUUUUCUUCUUUAAAAUUAAAAAAAAGAGACAAACCUUAAGGAAAUGCUUCUCCUCUGAUGUGACAUGUAAAGGUUUCUAAACAGUCCAAUUUUAAAUUAUGUUAAUGUAGCAAUAUUUAUUAGUAAGGGCUUUUCUUAGGACCUGAACCUGACACUCAGUCUAGGAGUGAUAUCUAUUGUAGCUUUACACUGACCCAUCUGUACUUGUAGUUUCAUGUGUGCUGGACAUGGAAAUGUAUUACAUACUUUUAAUAUGCGGGUAAAAAUACCAGACUUUAUGUCACCAUCUUGCUUUGUGAAGCCUUUGGCUUGAAUUCUGACCUUCUUUAACAAAAAGUAGAGUACCACAGCGCUGCUUUGUGGAUUCUCAGUGUGCUGUGCUGAAUGUAUUUUACAUGAGAUUGAAUUAAGCCACACACGUAUAAGAACUGUGGAGGGCUAUCACUAAAAAAACCUUGCAUACAUUUUAAUACCCCUUGAACAUGUUUACACUUUGUUGCACUGGCAAAUGUCAAAUAAUUUUAUUGGGACUUUAUAUGAUUGACCAACACACAGUGGUACAAAAUUGUCAAGUGGAAGGACAGUGACAUGUAUUUGUAUUCAACCACCAACAGUCCAUAUUAAUUAAAACGUUUGGGGUGGGUCUCUAAUAAAUUUGCAUUUAUAGGCACUGAUCUUUUUCAGUCACAUCAAUCACAAUGGAUGGAUUGUCUAUGAAAAGCAAUUUUCAGGUCAUGCCACAGGUUCUCAGUUAAAUUUAAAAGUAUGCAGGCAAGUAUUGAGUCCUUUAGAUUGCAAUUUACUUUUCUUACACAGUUGAAAUUUAUUUUUCAAUCAGCUCUGACCAGCUUCCUAGGUUUUGCAGAAGAAAAUCAUCUUCACAUCAUAAUGUGAUGAUGUAAGGAUAUGAGAGCCACCACCAUGCUUCAACAUGGUAAUAGAAUAGUUUUCUGGGUAUUUAGCAGUACUCCGUAAGAUGUCCAAAGCUUGGGAUAUUGUUUUUAAACAUAAGAUGCUUGUAACAUCACUCAAACUUAAUCCAUGACCCACCUGUUGUGUGGUCUUUAUGGUUUUGUUUGUCCCCUAAUGUUCUAAGGCAAAACCUCUGAGACCUUCAAAACACUGCUGGGUUUAUAGCACACACAGGCAUACUUACUACAAUAGAUUCCUUCUAAAUGAAAUUGGUUAAACUGGAUUUUGUUUAGGUGAAUCCUUGUAGGGGUGUUGAGUACAUAUGCAUUCCACACAAAGUCUUAUUUAUGAAAAACAUGUUCCAUCUACUGUCAGCCUAUCAAAUAUGUGGCACUUAUUUUUGUCUAUUGCAUGAAAUCUAAUUUAAACUCAUUUAAGUUCAAGGUUUAUGAUGACUUUGUAGGGGAUUACAUUUUUGUGUUGUGCUGUCAAAAGAUCAAACUGCUACCAGAAGGAACCAAAAAAGAGAUUAGUGUUUUUUUUCUAUAAUAUUUGCAUCAUAAUUACUACUAAACUUAUCCCUGAAUGGAACACUUUUGCAAGCAUAUGCAAGCAGUCCACUGUUCACGGCCACUUUACCUACAAGCAGAGUGUCAAGGAACUGUAAGGUCCAGGAUAUAGAGUUGUAAAAAUAUGUUUGAAUUCGAAAAAAAAAAAAAUUAUUUAUGUUUAUUAUUAUAAAGAAAUAUAUAUACAGAUUUAUACAUAUGUAAAAUACAUUACACAUUCAGCAUUUGAUUAUAUUAUUGAGGAUAUUAGUAAAGAAGAUGAUGAAUAUUGUUUGUAUUAUCAACCUAUUGUUAUGCAUUUUGCACAUUUAAAAAGAACAAUAACAUUACAUUCAUGUAGUCAGCUUCGUGCUAUGCAAGGACAGCUUUGAACCACAUCACUGACCAUUCUUUCCAUAACCAUUAAGCUUUAGAUUCACAAGUUAUAAUGAAAACAAAAUAAAGAAAAUACCUUAGUUUUUAUAUCAGCUGCACAACUAUUUGCUUUUUUUUUCUCCCAACAAUGGCCAUACAGGGUGACAUUGAGGAACAUAGUGGAAUAUCUAUUUUGUUUGUGCUUCGAAUUUGUUGUUGGUUGAGGAGAAAAUGGCUUUCAUUGUCGAUUGCCCUUUUUCUCCUGGGUCGUGCAAUAAAGUGAUUGAGUCGAAAUAAUCAGGAGCAAAACUGUAUCAAGAUUUCCCUGUUAUCAAAAUUUGUGUUUAUGUUCUGGAGUUUUAUUUCCUUUUAUUUUAUUUUGAGUACAAAUGUGGAGGGAGAUGAACGUUAUUUUGAUAAUAUUUCAAUUUAGUUUUUUACUUAAUUUGUUAACUCAAAAAUACCGCUAAGUUUAACAUAAUGUUUUACUUUACCAGUUAAAAUAAAAGAAUAAAUGUGAAUUUUCUACAGUAUGAAAGUUUUCCAUCUGAAGUACAUUACCCAAGUAUUCAAAGAAGGAAGAAACAAUGACUAAAUACCACAUCCAUAUUGUCUUUUUUUUGCCAGGUCUGGUUUUGCUACAUUUGUUGCUUCAGAAUGUGAAACUUGAGGCACAGUGCAGUCAUGAGCUUCCUACUAUUACCUUCAUCUAUUUCAUAAAUGUAAAUAUCACAUACUUGUAGAUCCAUUGCAGUUUUCAUCACCACAUGCUUUCCAACACUUUUUUUUUUUCUUCUGGUUAUUCCUAGAUACCUACUGGAAUAUUUUUUCUUGUAUUUUUAUCAAGCAUAAUAUAUUCUGAUUUUCACUUAAAAGAACUUAAAAAAUAGUAAUUUUCUAAAGCACAAAAGGAUGAUUAGGGUUAAAAAAACCAGGACAAGAUUGAAUUGUGUGGACAUUAAAAACACAAAAUGCACACAAGCUCACAUAUCCAUAUGCAGUACAUAUACUGGUAGUUCAAUGAUACAGAUAGAGGGUUGUGAUUGAUGUAGAUGAAUUGGUAAACCUUCUGUAAAUGUUAUUUAUGUUUCUUUUGGUUAUGAUAUGGCCCUGUAAAUCCUGAUUCUCUGCAUUAGUCUUUAAAUAAAAAGAAAACAAAUGA